AUGAACUGGGUGUUGCUGUCUGGUUUAAUGGAUCUCUCUCUGAAGCUAGUCAAUGUGGCUUUUUUCAUGCUGUUACUGACAUGGAUUAUGGUAGAUUUUCUGAAGCGGAGGAGGGAGGGUGGUGAUAAGGAGUUAAAACAUGGAGCAAGUGACAGAAAAUCUACAGUUUUUGCCAAGAUAACUGUUAUUUCCAAUGUCAUUAUAACCACGUUUCAUCUGGGGUUUUGUUUCUAUGAAUUCUGGAAGCUGAAAACCAUCAUUAUCGAAGCUGUCUUCCCCGCAAUGAACUGGACUUUAGCAUGUUUUAUUGCACUCUAUUCACUCAGCAGAACUCUUAGAGAACACAAAAGGUGGCCUCCAGUGCUUAUUCUCUGGUGGGUCUUUUCCAGUAUUUUUUAUUCACUUUUGGUCUUUCUUUAUCUCCUCACUCGUUUAAAAUCCAUACAAGUGCCAGAUUUUCUGCCAGAAGCUAAUAUUAUUGAUUUCGCUUCCUUCCCCUUGUCCAUUCUCCUAUGUUUCAAUGCUCUGCACAUUAAUUCUAACAAGAAACAGCAAGAACUUGAACAACCAUUACUUCGAAAAAAGGCAAACGAUGGUUGCAAAGAUGCCGAUGCUUUUUCUAGUGCUGGAAUUUGGAGCCGGGCUACGUUCAAGUGGCUUAAUCCUCUCUUCAAGAAGGGUCGUGUUAAAACACUCGAAAUACUCGAUGUACCUUCCAUUCCUAAAUCAGAAACAGCUGAUGAAGCAGCUUCGUCGUUACAAGAAUCACUUCGCAAACAGAAAGAUGAAACUUCAUCAUUGCCCAAUGCCAUAUUACAAGCUAUCUGGAGACCUCUGGCAAUCAAUGCAGUUUUUGCAGGUAAUUCUUGUUCUUUUGGGCAUAUCAAAACGUUUUUAGUCUCUGUUUGGCAGAAAUUUACGUGUUUUUGUUCAAUGUCACAGGAUUCAACACAAUUGCUUCCUAUAUUGGCCCCCUCUUAA